AUGAGUGGUUUAAAUAUUAUAUGGAUAGAAUCUGACGAACCAAUUAAAAUCAUAAAUCCUGAAGGAUCAAAGGCAAUGGCGGCAACUUGGGGAUAUCUUAAUAGAUAUAUAAUAACUGGUCAUGAAAAUGGUGCCGUUUCUCAAUAUGAUUGGAAGACUGGCGAACAAUUAAAAACAGUUCAUCCACACACAGCCGAAAUAACCGAUCUUCAGAUGUCAAAUGAUCGCACUUAUUUCAUCACAUCAUCCAAAGACAAAUCAGCACAAAUUUUUGAAUCAAAUACACUAAAUUUACGUGGUGUAGUACGAUAUUUGGGUAGCGCAAAUGCAUCAACCACUCCUAAAACGCCAUCUCCGUCGAAAGUUGAAGCAGAUCAAGAAGUUAUACCCGAAGAAAAUCAUGAACUGGCUAGUAAGGUGUUUAGGAAAUUUUUGGAUUACAAAUCUAGGACAUUUUCAGAGAACGAUGAAAAGAGCAUGGUUAUUAAACGUGAAUUUGAACAAUUCUUUUGGAAUGUUAGAGAAGAAAUCCGUUCACAUAUGAAAAACGUUAAAUUAUAUCCUCCUGGUAAAGUAUAUUGGAUUAUUGAUAGUAAAAGAGCACCAUAUUGUAAUGCCAGUGAAGAGAUUGUCAGUGGUCAUGAUGAACAUGACAAGAAGCGUAAAAUAGAAAAGGAACAGAAAAAGGAAAAGGAGGGUGGCGUUGAAGAUGAUUCUGACGAAGAGAUAUUUUUUGAGAAAAAUGGAUUAUAUAAUAUGUUGGAAAUUAAUAAUGUUGAAAAUAUUUUUGACGAAAUAUGGUUUACUCCGCAAAUGAUGACUGAUCAUCUUCCACAUGUUUAUGAAAAUGUUUUGAAAAAAUUAUAA